GGGAGAGGGGAAAAAAAAAGAAAAUGAAUUUAGAGGUGAGCUGCUGAAUCAGACUUGGACUCAAGGUGCCGAAAACCUCAGCACUUGUGAAACAGACGGCAGUGACCGCAUCAAGCGCAGCAAGAUGAGUCAAGAUGUUGAUGAGAAGAGAUUGCGCACACGCUCAAAGGGGAUUAGGAUACCAGUGGAACCUGUGGGGCAGGAUGUAAGCUGUCCAACCCCAGGAUGCAAUGGCUCAGGUCACGUAAGCGGAAAAUAUGCCCGGCACAGAAGUUCGCAAGGUUGCCCACUGGCCAAGAAGAGAAAAAUACAGGAGACUGAUUCAGAUCAACCUACAACCAAAAGGAAAUCUCACCCUUUGAAGCUGGCUUUGGACGAAGGUUACAAUGGGGACAGUGAUGGAGUAGACGAAUUGGAGAUAAAAGAGGAGUCAGUUGUGGAUGAAUCAGAAGAAGCACUUGAAGAGGAAGAGGAGAAAAAGUUGGACGAGGUGGAAAGCACUGAAUCAGUACCAGAAGGCCGACACAAGGGUCCAGACGAUAAGCACUGUUGGGACGACACAGCAAAGAAUGUCACAAUUCGAAAGGACGAUUUUGUUAGCUAUCAGGAAUUAGUUGCCAAAUCACUUUUAAACCUUGGCAAAAUAGUAGACGAUACAGCGAUUCCUUCUUUGUCGGGUCGAAAGCCAACUAACAGCGAGUCGCAGCCCACUGAGACUUGUCUUUAUACAAAAGACAACGCACAUCAGGAGGUGACGGACGAGGACGAUAAUUGUGGCCAAGAAGUCGUCGAGAGCGAGUCUGCGACUAAAGAUUCUGAAUCUGAAAAAGAAGUUGACCUGGAUCGUCACUCAGCUGAAGAAAACACAGAAGAAAUUGCACUUCCGUCUGUUGUCGAAAGCAGUGAGGAGCGGGAUAAAGAAUCCAAGGAUAAUACCGAUUCCUCCACUUGUAGCAAUCAGAUUGUUGUCCUCCAACAAGAAUAUGAUGAGGCUGAUAAACCGUAUGUAGAGGAGAAUGAGUCCACUGACGUGCAAUACAAAGACAAUGCUGAAGUUAUAGUGCAGAUAUCACAAGAGACUGAAGAGGAAAUUAAUUGUGAAGGACAACCAAAGUCAGGGACCUCCGCAAAUGAGGGGGAUAAUCUGGAAGAUUGCACUGAUCAGAGCGAAAGUUUAGUUCCCAAGUCUGCAAUCACCGAGGAGUCGGAAAUUUAUGACAUGAUGACGAAGGGAAAUCUUGGACUCCUUGAGCAGGCCAUUGCCCUUAAAGCUGAGCAGGUAAAAAUGAAGAGGGAGGAUUCAAACAGAGAUCCUGGUAAGAUAUCAGGGGAACAACUGCGACACAUCCAUAUGGAAGAAAGGCCAAACAAAUCUUUGGAUUCCAUCAGGAAGAACCUUUACAGUAAAGAUCCCUCUAGACCGGAGAAGAGGGAGAUCAAAUGCCCAACUCCAGGCUGUGACGGUACUGGGCAUGUGACGGGGCUGUAUCCACACCACCGGAGUCUUUCUGGAUGCCCACACAAGGACAAAAUACCUCCAGAGAUCCUGGCCAUGCAUGAAAACGUUCUGAAGUGCCCCACUCUAGGCUGCACAGGACAGGGGCACGUUAACAGCAAUCGCAAUACACACAGGAGCCUAUCUGGAUGUCCAAUCGCAGCUGCAGAGAAGCUGGCGAAAUCUCACGAGAAACAGCAUAGUGGUGAAUCUCCCAAGAGCAGCCAAAGUUCUGACAGAGUGCUGAGGCCGAUGUGCUUUGUGAAACAGUUGGAGAUUCCACACUACAGCUACAGACCCAACAUGCUGCCUGUCACCCCCAGAGCUAAUUUAGCUAAAGAGCUAGAGAAGUAUUCCAAAGUUACCUUUGAUUAUGCCAGUUUUGACGCACAGGUUUUUGGGAAACGUGUGAUUGCUCCGAAACUUCAGGCAUCUGAAACCUCACCAAAAGCCUUUAAAUCAAAACCAUUCCCAAAGGCCACCUCACCAAGCCAUAGUCUGUCUAGUAACUAUGUUAAAAGCUCAUCUUCAUCUGGCGGGUAUGAUUAUGCUCAUGAUGCAGAGGCUGCACAUAUGGCUGCCACGGCGAUCCUCAAUCUAUCCACACGUUGUUGGGAAAUGCCAGAGAAUCUAAGCACUAAGCACCAGGAUCUCCCCUCCAAGAACAUGGAUAUUGAAGUGGAUGAGAAUGGAACCCUUGACCUCAGCAUGAAUAAAAACCGCAAACGAGAAAAUGUAUAUUCCAGUUUAAGCGGCAAUGUCAGGUCAAGCGACUUGUCCUCCCCCUUCCUUCACGGCAGCAGCAGCACCUGUAGCAGUGUCAUGGGAUCUCCCCAAUCCAGUCAAACCUCCAAACAAGAUGAAUACGAUGGACCCAUCGACUACACUAAACCAAGCAGACAAAGGGAAGAAGAGCCCGAAGAGAUGGAACCAGCAACCUCUUCAUUCCCCUCAUCUGAAGCAGGAGACCUGGAGGUGAUGGAUGAAAGCCUGGAAGAUAAGAAAUACCCCGGGGAGGUGACGAGCUCCAGUCUCAAACUGAAAUUCUCCUGCAAAGAUGCCAAGAAGGAGCUAAUAACCUGUCCAACACCUGGGUGUGAUGGCAGUGGUCAUAUAACCGGAAAUUAUGCGUCCCAUCGCAGCCUUUCUGGUUGUCCUCUGGCAGACAAGAGUUUAAGAAACCUCAUGGCUGCCCACUCCUCGGAACUCAAAUGUCCUGUUCCUGGUUGUGAUGGGCUUGGACACGUGAGCGGCAAAUAUGCAUCGCAUCGUAGUGCAUCUGGCUGUCCUUUGGCUGCACGGAGACAAAAGGAAGGGUUCCACAACGGGUCAUCUUUCACUUGGAAGCCUGUCAAAGGCGACGGGCCAGCUUGUCCAACACCGGGGUGCGAUGGAUCAGGUCAUGCUAAUGGCAGUUUUCUCACACAUAGAAGUCUUUCUGGCUGUCCGAGGGCAACCUUAGCCAUGAAGAAAGCAAAGUUCUCAGGGGAAGAUUUACUGACCACCAAGUUCAGGGCUACUGAUGCAAUAGAGAAUGAUGAAGAAAUCAAACAACUUGACAAAGAGAUCAGCGAGCUGAAUGAAUCCAAUACAGAGAUGGAAUCCAGUAUGGUGAAGCUUCAGUCACAGAUUUCCAGCAUGGAGAAAAAUUUAAGAACCAUUGAAGAUGAGAACAAAGUGAUCGAAGAGCAAAAUGAAGCAUUAUUCAAAGAGCUCGCUGGCUUGAGUCAGGCCCUGAUUCGUAGCCUUGCUGACAUUAAACUCCCUCAAUUGCAGGAACCAAUCAGUGAACAGAAUUUUGAUGCCUAUGUUAAUACGCUAACAGAUAUGUAUAGCAAUAUGGAAUGCUAUCAGAACCCAGAAAACAAAGCACUGCUGGAAAGCAUCAAACAAGCUGUAAAGGGCAUUCAGGUCUAAAUAAAAAAAAAGCCUCCCUAAUAUUAUAUAGGAACUGUUCGUCAACCCUGUAAAUACAAUAAAUUUGUGAUUGAUAUUGGUUUAGGAAUAUUUAUAGCAAUUACGACCAUAGGAAUUGCACUUGUUUAGAACAAGUAGUCUGUAACCUUAUUGUGUAAAUUUUAAAAUGACGUCUAAAAAUGAAUCUGAAAAGCAAAUAUUGUAAACUAUUCCGAAUUCUGUAUGUUGACUCUACCUAUUUAUUUAAUGUUUGCGACCUAUUUAUUUAACUUUUUUGUUUUUAAUCGGGAUAAAACAGAGUUUUAAAAAGAAACACAACCACUGGAGCUCAUGAGGAUAAUAUGAGGUCACAUACUUGAGCUGUUCCAGCGAUCUUUUAUGAAUUGAAUUAACACAGUCAAGUUAUUUUUGUAUUGUAUUAUUUAUUGCUUUAUGAAUGUGAUUUAUUCUCUUUUUAAGUGAAGUGAGAAUAUUUUAUAACUGACAUGUUUUGAUAAUAAUUUUUUGGGGAAAAUGUUUUUGCUUUUGUUAAUAUUUUUUCCUAUUCAUGAAAAUAUUUUUCAGACCUUUGCCACCACUGGAGCGAGAUGAUGUAUUAACUAUUAUUUAUUUGAUAUUUAAGCAAAUUAAUUUAAAAAAAUGAAGAGUCCUGACUGUAACACUUAAGAGCCAUUUUUGUGAUUGAUGUAUAUUUAUUUUGUAAGUCUCUAUGCGUCUGUCAUGUGACAUUGGAUCUGGGAGUCAGCAUAGUCCUCAAACUUAAACGUAUUGUAGAGGUGACACAGUUAGAAGCCUUUCUGAUUUAAUAAUUCGAAUGCUUUCAAAUAGCAAUGUGAUGACAAGGAAAUUAAUAGGGUACGUUUACAGUCUUUUUAAAAAGCAGCAGGUUUACAGAAUUACUUUGUGCUUCAGUUGCAUAACUGUCUGCUGGAAUACUUAUUGCUGCAAAUACAAACAAAAAUAAUUUUGGCAGAAGUCAGUGGGAGUAAAACCACUCUUUAUAGGACAGAUGGUGCAGAAGAUAAGAGCAAUUGCAGACUUCUGUACAAUGUGACAACAGCCUAACUGUGGUUUAACACAUUCCAGGUACUAAAACUGCAUCUGAAUUUGUUGAUGUCUCAGGUCAUUCAAAAACUUGAGAUCAGGGCAUUAGUGGCACUUCUGCCUCACUGAAAGAUUUGUAAUUUAUAAGUGAUGUUUGUAAAUCAGAAAAAGAAGCUGAACUUUGUUGCAGUGCUACUGAGUAUUGUAAUUAUUUACUGAAAUCAGCACUGUCAAAACACUGUUUUAGUGCAAUUUCUGUUGUGAUUGUGCAUCCCAAUGUAUGUAUCUAUGUUAAAAGACAAAAAUUACUGUUUACUUGUUUAAGUAAAGUACAUCUUGUUGUUCCAUCUACAUAAGUGAAAUAAAAGAAA